UGCCUGUCUCAGUAAGUUCAGAGCUGGCCGAGCGCACACACCGCGAGGAACCCUGACCGAACCUGAGCGCUCCCCGGCCCGCGGGCGACCAGCUGGCCCCGCCGGCAGCACAAUCAGCGGCCGUGGGGAGGAAGGAGCAGCAGCCGCCGCCUCUCCCCUGUUACCCCCGGCGGCUCGGGCGGGAGAGCGGGAGGCAGGCGGAGGGGGGGGGACCAUGUUGCGCCUGGUCUCCCUGAAGUUCGGCCGGCUGUACCGGUACGGGAAGCUGCUGUUCGCGGCCAGCCUGCUGGUGGUCAUGCUGCUCAACACGCACUCCCUGCUCGCCUCCUUCCAGCGCAACGAGCUGGCCGACCGCCGCUUCCUCAGCCUCAAUAAGUGCCCGGCGUGCUUCGGGACCAGCUGGUGCCGCAAGUUCAUGAACGGCCAGCUGAGCUUCGAGGGCUGGGCCAGGCUGCGGCUCCUCGACUUCUUCAACGUCAAGAACGUGCACUUCGCGCAGUACGGGGAGCCCCGGGAGGGCAGCCGCAGGGUGGUGCUCAAACGGCUGGGCUCCAACCAGGAGCUGGCCGAGCUGGACCAGCGCAUCUGCAAGAGGGCCACCGGCCGCCCGCGCUGCGACCUGCUGCAGGCCAUGUACAAGACACACUUCGCCCGCCUCAACGGCGACGUCCGGCUGCUCACCCCGGAGGUGGUGGAGGGCUGGUCGGACCUGGUGCACUGCCCCUCGCAGCGGCUGCUGGACAGGCUGGUCCGGAGGUACGCGGAGACCAAGGACUCGGGCAGCUUCCUGCUCAAAAACCUCAAGGACACCGAGCGCAUGCAGCUGCUGCUCACACUGGCUUUCAACCCGGAGCCGCUGGUCCUGCAGAGUUUCCCAUCAGAUGAAGGCUGGCCUUUUGCGAAGUAUCUAGGAGCUUGUGGCAGAAUGGUGGCUGUAAACUAUGUUGGAGAAGAACUGUGGAGUUUUUUCAAUGCUCCUUGGGAGAAGCGAGUGGACCUUGCAUGGCAGCUAAUGGAAAUUGCAGAACAACUUACAAACAAUGACUUUGAAUUUGCACUUUACCUCUUGGAUGUCAGCUUUGAUAACUUUGCUGUUGGGCCACGGGAUGGGAAAGUUAUUAUUGUAGACGCUGAGAACGUGUUGGUGACAGAUAAAAAGCUGAUAAAGCAAAAUAAACCAGAAAACUGGGAUGUAUGGUAUGAGAGCAAGUUUGAUGACUGUGACAAAGAAGCAUGUCUGUCUUUCUCAAAGGAAACUCUUUGUACCCGAACCACAGUGGACCACAAUUAUUAUGCGAUCUGUCAGAAUCUCCUGUCUAGACAUGCCACCUGGCGUGGCACUUCUGGUGGUCUUCUUCAUGAUCCUCCUGCAGAGAUUGCCAAAGAUGGCCGUCUUGAGGCAUUGCUGGACGAAUGUGCUAACCCAAAGAAAAGAUAUGGCAGAUUCAAAGCUGCAAAAGAAUUACGAGAAUACCUUGCACAAUUGAGUAAUAAUGUGAGGUAGUCCAUGUGGUUCCUCCUAUUUGUUUUUACUUUUCUUAGUCUGAUAAAUGAAAGUUUAAUUAGUUAAAGCACGUACAAGAUAUUAUUUUCUAUCACUGCUGUAUGUACAGAAGUUAUAAAUAGAUGCUUUGCUGAUGCCAUGAAAUGGAGCUUGUAUGGCACAGAGGAUGGUAUGCAAUCCUCUGCAAUCAUGCCAGGUACGUGUUCUUAUCUAAUUAAAACUGAAGCUACUAUUGACUUUUUUGCUCGUUGAUUACCUGAGAGGUACAUCUGAUGAGCAUCCCCAGGUGACUGGGGAUAAUAGACUUUGAUAGCAUAAUAGAUUAUUCAUGUGUCAAACAGUAGUUGACAUGACAUUACAUUAGUAUCACAAUUUUUGUGAAGCUGAUGCCUUUACUUGAAAAGUUCAAGUUGAGACUGCUGGCCUGUUUUAUAGGCUUUUUUUCUUAAGUCAUAUCAUAUUUGUAUGUUGAUAUACAUAUAUAAAUUUCAGGAUCUUUGUGUUAUUUUUUUUGUUGUUUUU